UCAAUGUGAGUGCGGCUGGACUUCUGCUCUUCAUUUAUUAUCAGUACUGUUUCACCACAAUGAGAUCACUGUUGAUAUUUGGGCUCCUGUUCCUCAGCCUCAUUGGAGCAAAUGGACUACAGCACUUCCCUAAAAGCUACGUCAUGGCCUCAAGUACUGAUUCUGUCAAGCUGCCCUGCGGCACAAAAUCCCAAACCAACGUCACAUGGAAGUUUGAAGAUGACGAUGUGGACUUCGAUGACAGCAUCUCGAUGGAUGGUCCAGAUCUGAUAGUGAAAGAAGUAGAUGAGGCCAUACUGGGGGAGUACACUUGCUUGACUAAGGAUGAGAAGGCAUCCAUUUUUCUCCUGUUGGAGGUCGAGAAUGAAAAGGAGCUUGGUGAGAUAACAUGUCAUUAUUUUAUGAUGGGUUUGCCUUUUUAUUUAUGUACAUUGUGUGUCUUUACAGAUUCUCUUCUCAGCUGUCGCGCCAGGUCUUAUAACUGCGCUUUUAACUGCAUAUGGACCGCCAAAAAAUAUGAAGCCGUGCGCCUUGGACUGGGACCACACUGUCGUGAUGGAGGUGACCUGUGUCAGUGGGUCUACAACACCCAUCAGACCCAGGAUGGGAGAUUACACUUUAGGCUGACCCACUCCCUCACACCCUAUGCUGAGGAGAGCUCCAUGCUUGAGCUCACAGCCGAGGCCAUCAUGGACCACUCCAUCCUCAGGAGGACCAAAAGAUUUUAUCUUCGAGAUAUCAUUCAACCAGAUAGUCCUACGAUAGUCAGCUGCCAAAAUGUGGGUCCAAACAUUACCGUGACCAUCCAUCCUCCAUCCAGCUGGUCCACUCCUCACAGCUUCUUCAGCUUGGAGCAUCAGAUUCAAUAUGAGCGCAAGGAUGACGGCAAGUGGGUCCUCUCCUCGACCACCAUGAUACCGGAAAAAAUCACCAAGCUGAGAGUCCACUCCAGGGACUUGCUGGUCCAGUCAGCCUGGAGCGAGUGGACCAACUGGGCUACUUUGGAAAAUGUAAUUGUUUAAAUUGUGGGAUACUCAUUGAAUUGUUUACUUGUUAUGUGUGAUGGAACAUGAUGAUGGAAUACUGCCAUUCUGACACUAAAACUAUGUACUUAUUUGUAUAUUAUUUAUUUGAAACUAACCUCCACUCCAUCAGGUCAUGAAAUAAAUAUUUCCUCUCUUGCCCAGUCGUUGGUAGGCUAUUCAUGUAAGGUAUUAUACUGGUACA